AUGGACAACCUGACCAAGAGCCUUCUUCAAGAUGCUAUCGAUAUAGCAACUAGAAGGAAUUGUACGAUGGUAUUGGAGUCUAUCAUAUAUCGGGAUGGUUAUGGGGAAUGGAGAUUCGAGGAGAUUGCAGAUGUCCAAGGUCCAGAUGCUAUACCCACAGCUCAGAUUGAUGUAACGACUGAUGGAUUUUCGACCAGACAGGUCCCUUAUGAUGAGGCUAGACGUAUUUGGGCGGGGGACAGUGAUGAUCGUGAUUGGGAGGAACGAAGACCUGGAUUACAAUUGUUUGUGAUGGAGAUUGCAGUUCCACAUGAGAAUCAGGAGUAA